CAAAAAUAUUACAUGAAAAUCGUGGAAAAUGAAGCCAAUUUUCCUCGUAAUUGACUACAAAUUCGCGCUGACACGAUGCGAGAUAUCAACGAGGAGUGGUCGUCUCAAAUGGAAACCCGAAAAGAGAUUCAAUUACGGCGAAUUUCCCUCGAUGCCGGUAAUUUACGUGAAUGCCUAUCAAUUGUGGUUCAUCUACAACGAAGUUCGGUGCUGCGAAGCCUUUCGAAGACGCUUUUGUGCCUACAUCAAAAGUCUGAAGAAAUUUAUUGUGAUAAAAAUUGAACCUGCCAAACGGGAGUCACUCGAUUAUUACUGGGGCCACAUGACAUCCCAAACAAUAUGGGAAUGCAUCGAGCUGGACUACAUAAUGUCGUGGAUGUCAACGUUGGGCGGUGCUUUUUCGGCUUUGGGUGACUACAAACUCGAAUCUGCCGAAAUUGCCGGCAAAAUUUCCAUUCAUCAACUCAAACUUGCCAUGCGAAUCGGAGAUCCAAGUACAAUAGCGCGAUGCAAACUUUACCUCAGCAUAUCACUGAUGCAGAAAAAUCACUUUAAAGCAGCACGAGCACUGAUAAUUGACCAGUAUCGUUUUGCGCUGUCACAAAAAGAGUCGAAUCGCACACUAGUCAACAUGUGUCUGGGAAUCUGGAGCAAAUUGCGGUACAUGAGACACAUGCGAAAAACGGGAAAAACAUUAAUGGACUUUGUAAAAGUGCCUCCGCCGUCAGAACCGUUACCGAUUCCACAGAGAAAAAGUAUUGCGGGAUAGUUUUCAUAGAUUUUUUUUUGUUUUAUUUGAUAUCAUAUUUCGUAAUUUUAAAAAUUUAUCAUGCAAAAAUGCUGAUUUUUUCCUUAUUGUAAUAUAUUGCGCUGGCAAAACAAGAAAAAAGAUGACUAAAAAUUAUUUAACU